AUGGAAAAGGUACGGAGAAGUUUACCGAAUCCGGACGAGAUCAACACGAUUGACGUGGGUGCAACCGGAAGUGGAAGUAAAGAGAACGGGAAAAGCAGUGUUCGUCAGCCGUGGAAUUCCGAUCAGAGCAGUCGAUACGUCGAACUUUUGCUCGUUGUCGAUAAAACCAUCUACGAGCAACACGGGAAAGACCAGGAGAAAAUUUUCAACCGUGCCAAAACCAUUGCCAACAUCGUCAAUUCCCUCUACGCUCCACUUGACAUAUUCGUUGGUCUGGUGGGCGUCGUGAUCUGGACGGAGCAUGACGAGAUCGCGUUGAAACCGAACGGAGACGAAACCCUGACGAACUUCCUGCAUUACCGACGCAAGCGACUGGUGAAGAUGCAAAACAACGACAACGCUCAGUUGCUGACCGGAACCAAGUUCGAAGGAGGAGUGGUUGGCAAGGCUCUUAAGGGUCCGAUUUGCACGUAUGAAUUCUCCGGCGGAGUGAACAUGGAUCAUUCAGAAGUGGUGGGCCUGGUCGCCACGACCGUUGCGCAUGAAAUGGGCCACAACUUUGGCAUGGAGCACGACAAGGAAACGUGCGAGUGUCCCGAGGCACGAUGCAUCAUGGCACCUUCUUCAUCUCCCACCCGUCCGUCGCAUUGGAGCUCAUGCAGCAAGGAGUACUUGAAGCUCGCGUUCGAUCAUGGCAUGGAUCACUGCUUGAAGAACUUGCCGGCGACCUUGUUUGGUCCUGUUUGCGGUAAUGGUUUCCUGGAGGAGGGCGAGGAGUGCGAUUGUGGAUUGCAGGACAGAUGUGCGGACAAUCCGUGUUGCGAUGCGACUACGUGUCGUCUGGCGACGAACGCGACUUGCGCGACCGGGAAGUGCUGUGAUUUGAAAACCUGCUCACCGAAAUCGGUUGCGACGGAAUGCCGCAAAUCGUCGAAUGAAUGCGACUUGCCGGAGUUUUGCACCGGCAAUUCCGAGUUUUGUCCGGAGGACGUGAAAGUUCAAGAUGGAACUACUUGUAACAGCGGUCACGCCUAUUGCUAUUUGGGUGCAUGCCGCACGCAUCAUGAUCAAUGCAGGUUACUGUGGGGUCCGUCAGGAAACUCGUCGGACGAGAAGUGCUACGAGAUGAACAGACAGGGUACUCGUCACGGAAACUGCGGAUAUUACAGAGAAAAUAAAACCUACGUUUCCUGUGCUCUUGAGCAUGUCAUGUGUGGCAUGGUUCACUGUUCGCAUAAGAACGAACGCUUGGAGUUUGGAAUGGAAAGUGUGGCUAUUCUUAGCCACAAAUUUCUCCCCGUGGAUAAUGGAAAAUCUAUCAAAGAGGAAGCAAUUCCUUGUCGAACCGCGAUCGUGGAUUUGGGACUUAAUGAAGUCGAUCCCGGUCUUGCUCCUGAUGGAGCGAAAUGCGGCUCCGAUAAGUUGUGCGUCAAUCAGAAGUGUGUCCCUCUAGCGUCGCUGAAGGUGUCAAAAUGCCCUUACAAUUGCAACGGAAAAGGAGUUUGCAAUUCGAAAGGACAUUGCCACUGCAAUUUGGGUUACGCCCCACCUUACUGUGAUGACUUCGGAACUGGAGGGAGCAUUGAUUCUGGGCCUGCUUCGGACAAAAGUGGCGUGGACGGAUUCUCCAAAGCCAUGUACAUCAUUUUCUUGGGGAUCGUACCUGUGUCUGCCAUCCUGGUCUGCCUGUUCUACUAUGGCCGCCGCGAAAGCAUUCUUCUGUGGUGGAAACGAGCCCCGCGGGUCGGGCGCAGCCGGACGCCGCCCAAUGCUGCCAAAACCCGGCGUUUCCCGAUUGAUCCUUCGGCCUGUGCGGCAGCCGCCACGGCCGCCUUCCGGAACGCUAAGUACGUGUCUUCCGUACCACCAGCGCGUCCCAUACCCCCAGUUUGUUCGCCAACUGCGCCUUCCGCUUUGCUUCCCUCCCCUGAUUUUCCUGCGCGAGUGGUUCUUCCUCGUCCUAUCGAAUCUCCUGAAGCAGGGAAGAAGGACGAGCCCUUGUUGAGGCCGGUACGUGCGGCGCCUCCGGUGCCGUUCCAAAAGAUCCCGUCAGGCGUCGGCGGGUCGCGAGGAAGAACGGCACUGGAAGUGUCCCGGCCGAAGUUGAUUCGAACGACUUGUGAUGAUCAUACGGAAUGUUUUGAAGAUGCGUUGGAGGAUGAACUGACGAGCGGAGAUUCGGGCAUUGCUUGA